GAGCCCGGCCCGUGAGCAGCCCUGGCCUCGCACGUCCUCCUACUCUCCAGCUUCCUGCAAUCAUCACUCCGCUCCUGUUUGCUUCUGCGUCUGAGAUCAAACCUCGAACCCGGUAAGACCCUCCCUCCCUGUGAAAAUGUGAAGGAGCCAUCUUUCAAGGUGAAGAAGCAGCAACCCGUAAAGUUCCAAGCUUUUUGGUGCUACAGUUUCAGAAAGGAAGAGAUGCUAGCUUUCUUUGUUUGAUCGAAUGCACUUGCUGGGCCACAGGUUCAUGAAGUUCAAAGAUACUUGAUUGUGUACUAGUGGAAAUGGACUUGGCAAAGCUAUGUUCUUUGGUGGUCUUGCUCUACACACUCAGCUUUGCGGGCAACAGAGAUUGUUAUGCUUUUGAAAAUACGGUCGACAAGACAGUGCUAAAAGUUGGUAAUGAGCUAUGGAAAGAAUCUCUACCACUUCAAAGAGGAACUCGCCUUUAUAAGUUGGAGGGCCUCAGACCUUACACGUGGUAUGAAGCGAAGAUAUCAUAUCCAGCUUCUAUACCCGCUUGCUUCUCUCUGCAACUAAUGAGGGGUGAUUCGGACUCAGCAACGAACAUAAAUAGAAGAUUACUUAACACUGAGAAAAUAAUAUUUAAGACGGAGAGCCUUGAAUUGAUACAGAAUCAGGGUGGAAUGCUUGUACUGGUUACUGUAGAACCUGAAGGAGUUGUUGCCAUACGAGGUGUAAAGGAGAGAGAAUCCAUCAUCUAUAAUAUAGUUUGUGAUGAACUCUUGCUAGGGAUCCCACACAAAGCUUGGCCGGUUGGAAUUUUGGUUCUGCUCUGCUUGGUAGUGGCAUUCAUUGCUCCGUCAUUUCUCCCACCGUUUCUACUGGCAAAAAGUCGUACUCAGCCGGCACUUCAUGAAGAUGUCUCGAAAAAUUCUUAGGUAGUGAACUCAUAUUUGGUGUCAGUUUUUGUUUCUCAUUUGUUGAAGUGUCAUUGAGGUGUAAGAGCUGUCGACCAACUUGGUUCUGCAGCUUCCGCUCUAGUAGGGAGUUCUAGCAAAAAGCAUCAUAUACUUCUCUAAUGAAGAACAUGUACAGCAACUUGAUUUCGGUUUCAAAUGGAGUAGAAGUUGGCACUUGGUAAAUUAAUGAAA